UUAUUCCUGCAUAGGGUGUGUCUGGCUGAGAAUUGAAACUAAAGAAAAGUCUGCAGUUGCUUCUCAAGGAGACAGCCUUUGACUCAUUUUGUGAAAUGGCGGCUAAAGCUUCAUUUUUGGAAGAGGAGUUAUGUUGUUCUGUGUGCUAUGAGAUUUUCAAGGACCCUGUCCUCUUGGAGUGCAGUCACAGUUUCUGUAAAGUCUGUUUGCAGCAGUGCUGGGGGGAGAACAGUCCUCGGGAGUGUCCCAUCUGCAGGAGACAGGCCUCUACAGGCCACCCUCCCAUUAACCUGGCUUUAAAAAACAUUGUGGAGUCCUACUUAAAGCAGAAGACCGAGUGUGAGGCUGCAGAGGCAAGUGAAGACCAGUGUCCUCUUCACAAAAAGGAACUUCUGUUCUUCUGUGAGGAUGAUUUGCAGCCUCUCUGUAUUGUGUGUCAGACUUCAAAAAAACACAGAAAUCACCAGAUCUGUCCCAUGGAAGAGGCUGUUCUGGAUCUGAAGGAUGGACUCAUGACAGCAUUAAUUCAUAUUAAAGAAAAGUUAGAGAUGUACACUGAAGUUACACAAGAGUGUGAAAAAACCAUAAAACACAUCAGGAGUCAAGCCCAGCACACAGAGAACCAGAUAAAGGCAGAUUUUGAGAAGCUUCACCAAUUUCUACGAGCGGAAGAGGAGACCAGACUGGCUGCACUGAGGGAGGAAGAGGAGCAGAAGUGUCAGUUGAUGAAGGAAAAGAUAGAGAACUUCACACAAGUUAUUUUCACCAUUUCAGACACAAUCAAGACUAUAGACAAAACUAUAGAGGGUGAAGAUCCUUUCUUCUUAAAGACCUAUACGGAUGCUAAGAGAAGAGCCCAGUGCACACUGCAGGAUCCAGAGCUGCUCUCAGGGGCACUGAUAGAUGUGGCCAAACACCUGGGCAACCUGAAGUUCAGAGUCUGGGAGAAGAUGCUGGAGAUGGUGCAGUACACCCCUGUGAUUCUGGACCCCAACACUAUGUCCCCCUUGCUCUGUCUGUCAGAUGAUCUGACCUGUGUGAGGUACACUGCAGUUAAACAGCAGAUUCCUGACAACCCAGAGAGGUUUUCCAGUACCGUAAGGGUAUUGAGCUCAGAGGGUUUUACUUCAGGGAAACACAGCUGGGAGGUGGAGGUGGGGGAAAAACCUGCGUGGACUAUAGGAGUGUUGCAAGAAUCCGUCAACAGAAAGGAGGCCAAUGUAUGCAGACCAGAGCGUGGAUUCUGGGUCCUAUUUCUGAGGAACGAUGAUUACUUUGCAUCUGGAGUUACUAAACUCAAACUGAAGAGGAAGCCCCAGAGGAUCAGAGUGGAGCUGGACUAUGACAGGGGGGAGGUGUCCUUCUUUGACUCCAGUGACAUGUCACAUAUUUACACUUUUGAAGGCACAUUCACUGAAAAAAUCUUCCCAUAUAUCAAUCCCCACCUAAAUGAUGAUGGCAGAAAUGCUGGGGCCCUGCAGAUCUGUCCAUUGUCUGUAAGAGUGAUGAAAUCCCAGUAAGUCUGCCAUUAAUAAUGAUGCCAUCACAGUGAGCAUAUGAUUAAUAGUGAUGUCAUCACUGUGAGUGCCACAUCUCCGUGAAGGUGCCUGUAACUGAUGUGACCUAAACUAUUAAAACCAUUGAACUGGAUUGGAUGGGGCUUUGUAGUCAACAUUUAUUCAUCUAGUAGUCUUUUCACACUUGCAGUGCCCUCUUUUACAGCACCUGCUCUCCCUAGUUUCCUUGCAUGUUGCUAUUGCAGUGUUUGCAGUUUUAUAGUUUUUACUGUUCUGUCAGUCUGUGUCUUUUGUAUCUUGAUAAUCUCUUUUGUAUGUUUCUUGUAUACACUUUGUGAUGUUCUGUCGUGAAUGGUUUUUAUUUCCGUUAUUUGCUGAAAACAAAUUUCCCCAAGGGGAUAAUACAAACUUAAUAUCAUUUGAUUUGAUUAUCAUUAUGUCUUUUCCCCAUAUCAGUCUGCAGUGCACACAUAAUCACUAAUAAUCACAUAGAGGUGUAUUGAUGCUUCAUGUGUAUUUUUAUUGAAGCAUGCGUGUGUGCUUGUGUGUGUGUGUGAGUGACAUGGCUAAUUGUUACAGCCUUGCCCUGCUCACAUGUAGUUUCUGAUACCAUUCUUAGUCUGCUCCUAAACCGGCAGAUCUCCAGGAACAGGGUUGGGAAUGAUUGGUAUAUUGCUUUACACUAACAAAUAACUAAAGAAAGUUGCUUUGAAUUAUUUGAUUUUAGUUACAUCUUUAUAUGCUCUUGAAUGACAGCUGAAAACGUUUCCUGCACUGCUAUUAGAAACAUUUUACUUUUGUGCAUACUGCAACUAACUGAGCCAGGAUAUCUGAUGGGAAAAAAUCCAGCAUACACAUUAACCUUCCAGGGAUGGUUUUGCCAGCUGCUGUGAACCCAAUUCCCCAUCCAUGCAACCGGUACCAGAUUUGGGUCUUUGGGUAUCCACAUGCACACUUCUUCUUGACCAGUUAGUCACAUGUCCUGAUCUUAAUCCAAAGCAAAGGGACUAUCGGGGCAAGACUAGUAAUAUUACUUUUGCAGGGUCAGAGGCCAAAUCCUUCAUCCUCUGUCAAAGUCAACUCCUAGAGGGACUGAUGUGCUGGAUUUUGCCUUAAUAAUAAUAAUAAUAAUAAUAAUAAUAAUAAUAAUAAUAAUAAUAAUAAUAAUAAAUGUAUUGUUUUAUCGGUCCAGUUGUAAACUUGUGUAGGUGACAUACUGUAUGGUAUA